UCUUUUUUGUCUGUUCCCACCUAUUUCAGCUCCAGUCUCCAGUUCUUCUCAGCUUCGUCUGGCCCCUCGUGCUGAGCCUUCUGCGUCUGCCAUUGAGUUCCGGCAGCCACGGCGGAAUGUUCUGGAAUGUUCUUUCACCAGACCCUCCCAUCCCCAUUUCACAGAUGCAGGCGUGUGCCACUGUUGAGUUCUGCCCCCCGCCCACCCACUCUCCGUUGCUCUGCUGGGCCUGGAGGCCGGUGGCUGCUAGAAUCUAGAGCAGGGACCAGGAGGCCACCAGGCUCCAGCCUCUGCCCUGGGCGUCUGUGCCUCGGCUCCACCCUCCCACUACUGGUUGACCCGGUGGCCCUGAUCCUCCUCCCAGGGCUCCUCCUGAGGCUCCAGCCCUCCUUGGCUCUGCCGGGCCUCAGGAGGGGGCACACCAGCACCUGUGCCCACUCUGGUCUUCUGUACCCUUCCCGCUAAGAUGGAAAGUUCCCAAAAUGAAGCCUCUCUCCAAUGUGUGGCCUGUGUCCUCCAGACCACCCAGGGGUGAAGCCCAGGCCUCCUGCCCCUGCCUCUCCCCAUCUCUUGGAUGCCCUCCGUUCUGUCCUCCUCUGCAUCUGCCCCGUGGCUCCGUGCGGUCCUGCUGGUGCCCGCUGGUAUGGAGAUGCCUCGCUGCCAGAGCCUGGUGCCUGCCCCCGUCCGGCCUCUGGGCAGGCCCGACAGGCAGCGUCGACCGAGACUACCUGCACUGCCGGCCCAGGAUCCGAGCCUGCCCGCGCUCAGCCGCCUUGUGACCCCCGCCACCCUAUCCCCCGCCCCAGGCGGCGACCAGGGCCCUGCCGCCGUGUCGCUGCCUCUUCUCCCCUCACCAAGGGCCCUCGGGGCUGGGAAACGUUCGCUUCCCACCGUCUGGACUGGCCCCAGGAACCAGAACAGCACCCCGCGCACACAGGCAGGUCCUCGCCCAGGAAGACGAGAGCCAGGGACACCAAGCCGUGUGGAGGAAGGCGCAAGACCCCAACUCUUCCUGAGAUGGGGAAAUGCGGACGCCAGCACAGAGAGGUCAGAGAUGCGGACCACAGAUGCGGGAAGACAGCUGCUAGCAGACAAAGGGCCAAAGUCCCGGGAACAAAGCCUCUCACAGAAGCACAACAAAGAGACAAACAAUCCACAGAACGGGGGCGAUGGCCACAAAGAGGCGACCCACAGAAGUGCAGACCCACGACCCCAAUGACCUCAGGCUCCAGAACCUUCCGGGGCUCUGCUCACCCCUUGCUGCCCGGAGCCCCGAGGGCACAGCAGUUCGUACUUCUCACCCCCCACCGCGAGGGACACCUCCCGUGUGCACCUCGGAUUUGUGAAAUGAGUCAGGGCAGAAGACCCUCAGCCCCCAGCGAGUGGCCCCCAGGAGUGGCGGACUGUCCCCCGGGACGUCCACACGCCCGCCCGUCUGCCACACGCCGCAGCCCACCGCCCGCCACCGCUCCUGAGCCGUGAGCCUGGCUCCCCCACCCCCACUGGCAGCCGGGGUCCGGGCAGACCACGCGUCACACGGGCUCACCUGCUGCUGGUCUCGAAUCUACGACCACCCGAGCCCCAUGUCUUAGAAUCACUCUCAGAAUCACCGUUUUAAAGUGUUCGAGUCGGUGGCACUUAGUACACGCAGAGCGUUGAGCAGCCGCCGCCUCCAAUUCCAGAACAUUCUCGUCAGCCUGCAGAGAAAGCCCUGCCCCUCGGCCGUCACCCCCAUGGCCUCCCCCAGCCCCUGGCGGCCAGCAGUCUGCUCUCCCCUGUGGGUCCCCCUGCUGGGACGGUUCACAGAAAGGGAACCGCUCGACAGGCGGCCGCAGCGCCUGGUUCUCCACCGAGAGCCUUUUCCAGACUCGUCCGUGCUACAUCCACGUUCCUCCGUGGGCAGGAUAACCCUCUCUGCACGUCUUGUUCGCGCAUCAUCCACCGAUGGACGCGCGGGUCGUCCACGCCUUCUGGCAACUCCGGGACAAGGGUGAACUUACAAACCAGGCACAGGAAGGGGUCAACAACCGUGGCCGGCCGUAACGGGACAAUCCUAGCGAUACGCCACAAGGGAGGCCGCGUGACCGUGGUGUCCUGCAGCCCAGGAUGACGGGGAACAUGAGAUGCCAGG